AUGGGCAUGGACGAUGGCGACCUCGUCCAGGGUCUUGCUAUUUCGACUGUUGGUGUUGGGUCUCCCUGCAACCUGGUCGCGAGCGAGGUCAAGUGGUGUGUCACUGCAAGCACCUUAGAAAAUAAUCAAGAAGAUGGUGCAGUCUACAAGGCCAACCCAGGUGACAAAGUCACCUAUGACUACAAAUACAAGCCCUCGACCGGCAAGACCAACCAGACGGUCUCGGUGAACGGUAACGUAGUCUCAACUUCGUCUACCAGCAGCGGUCGCGGUGGUCUGGGCUGGGGCACCGCCAUGGAGUGCCAGCAGGCAAACUGCGGGACUGUGCCUACGCACCACUACAUCAACACCAAGCUCACGAUGAGCGCGGCCAACCCCAACUACAAGAGCACCCUGGCGCUGAAUGGCGCUUCGGGCAACCUAGUCACUGCUGACGGUGGGAAGACCUGGACUGUUGAUGACAUUACUAUCAACCAGUACACCCACACUUAG